CUUCAUAUAUAACUUGCAAUGGCUGCUGUUGACGGAGCAAACCGCUUCGCCUUCCUGAACGAGGACGACGCCGCCACUGGCGACGUCACCGCCCCCAAGCCCAAGCCUGCGGUCGCAGCUCCCCGCGCUGCCCCCGUCCAGCAACGCGCCCAGGCUCCCGCCGCCCGCUCCGCCCCCCAGGGCCAGCGUGCUCCCCGCGAGCAGGGUCAACGACCACCGCGCCAGUUCCGUGCUCCCCGCGAGCAGGGCGACUUUGAGCAGCGCCCCGAGGGUGAGCGCCAGGGUGGCGACCGCCCCCGUGGCGAGCGCCGCAACGGUGCCGGCCGUCCCCACCACGAGGGUGGCCGUCCCCCCAAGCGUGAGUUUGACCGCCACUCUGGCUCCGACAAGACCGGCGUCAAGUCCGAGGAGAAGAAGGGCCUGAAGUACAACUGGGGCCGUGAGGACACCCGCGCUCCCCGCCGCGACUUCAACCGUUCGCGCAGCGAGAACGCUGAGAACGCUGAGGCUGCCCCCGCCGCCGCCGCCGCUGAGGGCGAGACCCCCGCUGCCGCCGAGGGUGCUGAGGCUGCCCCCGCCGCCGAGGCUGAGGCUGCCAAGGAGCCCGUUGAGGAGGGCCCCAAGGAGCUGACUCUUGAGGAGUACCGCAAGCAACAGGCCGCCAGCGCCACCAAGUUUGCCCUGCCCAAGGCCCGUGUUGCCGGCGAGAACGUCGACAACAGCCAGUGGAAGAACACCACCACCUACGCCCGCAAGGACGAGGAUGCCAACCACCCGUUCGCCCACAAGGAGGCUGCCCCCGCUGCCGCCGCCUCGACCUCCGAGAAGAAGGCCCCCAAGAAGGAGCACGUCCUCAUCAACCUGACCUUCCCCGAGAUCCAGCGCCCCGACCGUGCUGACCGCGGCGACCGCCCCGACCGUGCCCCCCGUGGCGACCGUCCCGACCGCGCUCCCCGUGGUGACCGCCCUCCUCGCGAUGGCGCCGCUCCCCGCAACGCCCCCCGCGGCAACAGCAGCAGCAGCGGCUCGCGCCAAAAGGCGUUCGAUGUCAACGACCAGUCUGCUUUCCCCUCCCUCGGCGGCAAGUAAGAAGGGUUGUUUCCUCCCUCGGGCAAUGGAACAGGCCCCUUACUUUUCAAGGCUGCCUGUUGGUGGGCUCUGAUGCGCUAGGUGUCAUUGUUCAUUCCCCUCCUGAAAAAAAGAGCGGGGUGGAAAAGUAGAAUUGGCGCAAAACACAAAAAAAGAAGCCGGUUUUCGUCGUGUAUGCAAAGUGGAUUCAGUUACAACUCUCUUUUCUGUUUCUGUUGUUUUUUUCUUACGUCUUGUACUGGUCCCCUUCUUGUUGCUGGCGUUGUCACUUUUUUUCGCGUGUGUGUGUGCUGUUUCUUUUUUUUCCCUUUUGUUUCUCUUCCCUUUUUUUUCUUCUCCCUCUUCUUAUGUUUUGUCUUGUGGUUCUUUGUUGUGUCGCAAUAGUGAUUUUUUGAGAAAUCCAUCUCUGUUCAGCAUUUUAUUUUUUUGUUUUCCUCCAGGGUGAACGGAAGGGAGCGACCUCGCUGGUUAUCUGUCAAACAGCGAAAUAGCGUCUGAAAUUCCCCCCCCCCCACGUCUCUCCAUUGCAACAAAUAAAAAAAAAAA